UUCAUUGACGCUGGGAGAUUAGAGCUCUUCAAAUGCAAAACCUUUUUGUGCACCGUGUGUUGUUUGUACAGAUUGUAAGGAACAACUGGACAACGUGAAGUCUCCACAAUGAUCUGUAUACUGCUGGUAGCCGGGCACGGCACCGUUUUAGAGACUCAGAUUAAGAAUGAUGACACAGGCUUAUACAGCCACCUGACCGGAGUACCGAAGGCCUUACUUCCUGGUACUGGAGGAAAGAAGAUCCUUGACUUUUGGUGGGAAACUGUCAACAUGCGGCAGCUGUUCACAGAGGUGUUUCUAGUCACAAAUGCAGACAAGUAUAAGCACUUUGAGCGCUGGGCCACAGCUAAUGACUUCCCGCUGGAAAACCUGGUGAAUGAUGGCAGCACUACGUUGGAGGACCGCCUUGGUGCUGUGGCCGACCUGCAGCUGGCCAUACGCAGCCGCAAGCUUCAGGACGACAUCAUGGUGAUUGCAGGAGACAUGCUGUGUGCAGACCAGAACUUUGACAUCGCUCAAGUUAUCCGUUUCUUCAGGUCACAGACUGGAGAGCUGAUGAUCUACUACGAGCUGGAGGAAAGUGAGAAACGCAGCUCCAGAGGCAUUGUGGAAGUCUGCCCUGAAACCCAUAGGAUAACUCGCUUCCUUGAGAAACCGCAGGAUGGGCUGACGGCGUCCCGGCUGGCCAGCGUGGUGUUCUACUGCUUCAGGAGAGACACACUGUCCUACCUGUCUGACUUCCUGAACCUGCAGCCUCGAGCUACAGACAGGACCUUCGGACAACUCUGGGAGUGGCUCAUUAAUGAGAAACAACUGGACGUGUUUGGGAUGAAGCUCCCCACCGGCUUCCAGCUCAUUGGACAAGUGGGUUUGUCAGACUACACUAAGUGGCUCACACACUACUCCACCAAGCAGCAAGACAAUCCUGCUAAACCAAUCACAUGCCGAUCAUUCGCCCGGGUUGGACUUAUGGGGAAUCCCUCAGAUGGCUUCAAUGGAAAAACCAUCGCCAUGUCAAUCUCUAACUUCUGGGCUGAGGUCACUCUAGUGGAGAGCCAGACUUUGGUUUUGGUCCCUCACCCUCUUAAUGACCCGACAGAGUUUGGAAGCCUACAGGAUCUAUUCUGUAUCAGCAGAAAGGAAGGAUACCUGGGCGGUCUGCGGCUGCUGCAGGCUACCUGUAAGAAGUUCUACCAGUUCUGCUCCAAACAAGGUAUUGCUCUGACAAAGCAGAACUUCACUCUGAAGUACGACACCAACAUUCCUCGGCAAGUGGGCCUUGCAGGAAGCAGUGCCAUCGUCUCGGCCACCCUGAAGUGUCUUAUGAAAUUCUACAACAUAACAGAAAACGAUCUCCCGAAGCCAAUCCGAGCCAACUUCAUCCUCAACGUGGAGACGGAUGAACUUUUCAUCACGGCUGGCCUGCAGGACAGAGUCGUACAGGUCUAUGAAGGCUUAGUCUACAUGGAUUUCAGCAAGAAGCUCAUGGAGGAGCAGGGAUAUGGAGACUAUGAUUUAAUGGACAUGAGUGAGCUCCCGCGCUUCUGGCUGGCUUACCUGAGCGACCCUAGUGACUCCGGACGUAUCCACAGCAACAUCCGACAGCGAUGGCUCAGUGGAGAGCCUCUGGUAGUUGAAGCCAUGAAGACCUUUGCAGAGCUUACAGAUCAAGCAAGGACGGCUCUACAGGACAAAGACUGGAGCCGCCUGGCACAGCUGAUGGACCAGAACUUUGAGCUGCGGAGGACUGUCUACACUGACGACUGUCUGGGUCCUGGAAACCUCAAGAUGGCUCAGCUGGCAAGGAAGUUUGGCUCGGCGGUGAAGUUACCCGGCAGUGGGGGCGCUGUGGUGGGUCUGUGCCUGGAUAAUGCCAGAUUGGUGGAGAUGAGGCAAGCUUUCCAGGAGGCAGGCUGUGUCUUCUGUGUCAUCACACCGUACGUCCCAUCUGCCAGCGCGACGAGCGGCCAUCACUGACUCACAUCUCCCCGGGACUCCGUCAGGCUGCUAAAGUAGGCUACAACUCAUGGCCAUCAGGAGUACGACAGACAGUCGCUCUCAAAGACUCCACGUGCCAAACCAUGAGAAUUAUCUGUAAUAAAGUGAUCAGUCACAUGAAGGCAUGAAAAAAAUCUGAUUAGCUGGAAAAAUCAUUCCUCUUUGGUGGUAGUUAAAAUGAAAAUGAACCAGACUGAACAAAUAAUGUGAGCUCUAAAAAGGGGGGUCGGACUACACAUUUAAAUUAGUUUAAGAUCAAAAGAGAUUCAGGACUUUAAUGAUCAUAGGACGUUUAAUAAGUAUCCAGUUUUGUACAAUUUACUAUACAUAAUAUAAAAAUGUUGUUUUUUAACAAGUGAAUGUAUAGUAAUAAUUUCAAUGUAAUCCUGUUUGUACAACGGUGUAUUAGGGUCAUUUCAAUUCAUUUCAGUCAUAUUUUGGAAUGAUUAAAGUCUUUUGUUUAUAAAAUGUAAGAUGUAAAUUUGCGAGAUUAAAGUUGUUAUUUAAGUCUAUGGUUAUAGGUGUUACUUUGAAAGGUCAUUUCAGAAAAGCACUCAAAUGUGCCAAAAUGAGGACAACAUAAAUCUUGUUAAUUUCCGACAAUCUUGUGAAUUUAUGACUUUAAUCUUGUAGAAUAACAACUUAAGUCUCGUGACUUUCUUCUCAUAAAUUUUCCAUUUUAAUCUUGGUUAUUUAUGACAAUCUUGUGAAUUUACUACUUUAAUCCUGUAAUAUUAAGACUUUCUUUACUUUCAACUUUUUCUUGUGAGUUUUUCGACUUUUCCCUCGUGAAUUACAAAUUUCUUCUCAUAAAUGUACAACUUGUAUCAUUAAGACUUUAAUCUUAAAAUCUCUCUCUAUGUGGUCCUAAUACUCAGUUGUGUAUUUGCUUUGAAUAAAAUAUUUUUAUUUUUAUAAACACAUUUUUUUAAAUCAAACUUUUGUUAAAAAAAACCAAAACAUUAAUAAAAGAAAAACUUACCAAAGCCAUUUAUUCUCCAUAUGUCACAGUGGUAUCUUAUUUAAUUUCCAGUUUAUGACUCCUAAAAAAGUUAUACAGUGUUUAAAAUAUAUUAUAUCAAGCAUUAGAUUUGUCCUAAAAUAAAUUCUCUUGUUGUAAUCUUUUGUAUGAUGAAUUUGAAUUUUAAUAUAAAAAUGAUAUGCUA